GAGAAGUGGGGGGAGGAGGACGACGACGACGACGACGAGAGAGGGGGGGGGAGGCAGCCAGGUUCGCAGGAAGCAGUCACUCCUUCGCUCAACUUCCUUCCCAGAGUUGCUGCUGGCUUGGGGUCGGAUUCCAUCUCUCCUUCCCCCCAACCCCGCUCCGGCCUCCUCCAACUCUCCGUACCAAGAGAACGUGGCGGGGGGGGGGUCUACCACGUGGGUUGGGAGAAGCAGCUAUUGCUUUGAAUAGAGGGAGGGGUGCAUCAAAACACAGCCCCUCCCGCCCAUCUUAGUUUACCUCCACCGCGACGCGAUUAGGCUAAACUGACAAGUGUUAUUAACUAACACACACUCUCCACUCCAAGGCAGACAAAAGAGACAUCCACGUCUGCCCUUAAAUUCAUGAUGGAUGAAGACAAGGAGGGCGUGAAAGAAGAGAAGCCAGACGGGAUCCCUAUAUCUGACAAGCCAACUGUAGAUAAAGAUGGGGGUGUGUUGUUUCCCAUUCUGUACCUUCAAAAACUGGAUGUGGAUGGACCAUUGUUGAAGAAUGAAGAAACGGCACAGGGUUCCUCAGUGACUUGGAGGAAAGGGUUAAGGACUAGAGCAAAGAAGAGAGUGGAAGGGACACAGGACAGCAAGCCUCCUCCAAGGAAACGGAAACUGCCUGCCACUUCAGGCAAAGCAGAAAAUGUGGCAACAGAGAAGAACAAGGAGAGCCAUCCAGUUCAUGUAAAGCUAGAGUCUUCAUCCUUCCAGAAUAGGCUGUUGGAAGUGGAGGAUGGCACUGAGAAACAGCUGGUAAUUAGCAGAAGAAUGAAGAAGGAAAAAGAUGAGGAAGAGGAUCUGGAAUUCAAGGUGGGGGUGAGGAGGGCUUCUGCAGAUGGGAAACAGCCAAACCUGCUCCAGCUCGAUUCUGUCGCCUUGCAGGACUUGCAACCCGAGGAGGAAAUGAAGGUGGAACUCGAGGAGCAGAAGGCUCAAGAACUCGAGGUGCAAAAAAUCACCAUCCCGAUGGAUGGGAUUUCUGCCUCCUCCUCCUCGCACCCCAAUACCUGUGGCGUAUGUGGUAAGAGUUUUAGCCGCCGCUCAAACCUGGCCAAGCACCAGAUCAUCCACACGGGUGAGAAGCCUUACCGCUGCAAUGACUGUGGCCGCAGCUUCAACCAGAGCUCGGCCCUCACCAAGCACCAGAGGACACACACUGGGGAGCGCCCCUACGUCUGUGGAGACUGUGGCAAGGCCUUUACGGCCAGCUCUAACCUUCUCCAACACCGCCGUUUCCACACUGGAGAGCGGCCCUAUCGCUGUGAGCUGUGUGGCAAGGCCUUCUCUCAGAGCUCCAACUACAACCUCCACCGCCGCAGCCACACAGGUGUCACACCUUAUCAAUGCAAUGUGUGCGGCAAGCGCUUUACUGGGAGCUCCUGCCUUACCCGCCACCAGAGGACCCACACUGGAGAGAAGCCAUACCAGUGCCAGGAAUGUGGCAAACGCUUUUCUGGGAGCUCCACUCUGGCCAACCACCGACGCACCCACACUGGCGAGAAGCCAUAUGGUUGUGCUGAGUGCGGCAAGAGGUUUACCCACCACUCCAACCUGGUGGACCACUGGCGGGUACAUACAGGAGAGAAACCGUAUGUCUGCAUUGAGUGCGGGAAGAGCUUUCGGCUUAGCUCCCAUAUCAUUCGCCACCGCCGCACUCACGCCAAUGCCCGCGGCACCAGCCUGGGUUAUGAUGUUCUUGGCAGCGUUGACGCAGUUUGUGAUGAUGCCAACAUCAAGGCCUGCCACAUCAGCCUUGGCUGUGAAAACGACGGCAGCGUUAACAUCAGCAGCCCUCAUGGGGCUGAUCACGAUGCCUCAUGUGCCGAUAUCAGCAUGUCUAACGGCAACGAUACUGAUGGGGAAGAGGGUGACCGUCUUCUCAUCUGCAGCCAGUGCGGGAAAGGUUUCCACCUAGAGUCCGGCCCUCAAGAUCAGAACAAAGAAGACUCCGUGCUGGGGGAGGGACCUUAUAGUUGUACUGAGUGUGGCAGCAGCUGUUGGACGAUUGCUUUCUAUGCAGAAGAGGAGGUCAUUGAGGAGGGGAAGGAUCAGCAGCAUCAAAGAAAGCCUCAAAACCUUGCCCAGAAGAGGGAAGCCCUGGAAUUUCCUGAAAGCUGGAAUAGCUGUAGAUUGGGUGUUUUCCCAGUUAUUAUUUAUUACUCCUGUGACUGUAACAGUUGCACGAAAAGCAGAAAUUCAGCAGAGUCUGUUAAGACCUGUUCCCCUUCAGCUGAGGAACAGCACAGAGUAUUGCAGAAUAUGUUGUUACAGACACUGAAGAGAAGGCUUAGCAGACUCCUUUUUCCAGAUGAGGAAAGACUCCAGAUGUCUUUCUGGACAUUUCUGUCUUCAAAUCUUUUGCAACCUGAGAUGGAUCAAGAGGAGGAGCAUAGUGAAACAGGUUCUGAGGACAGGAAUAGCCUUCCAGGAAUUGGGAAAAAGAUGGAGCCAGCUGAAAAGCCUGAAAGCAAAAAGGGAGAAGAUGUAGCAUCAGGGAUAAAAACUCAAAGAAGUUUAGCAGCCCCGAUAGCAAAGCAUCGACGAGUAAGCCGGGCAAUCUGCAGCAUUUGUGGAAAGAGCUUUGUCAAGACCUGUGAAAUGUUCGCACACCAGCGGACCCACACAGGGGAGAAGCCAUACAACUGCUCAGAUUGUGGGCGUUGCUUCUCUCACCAGUCCACAUUGGCCAGUCACCAAAGUAUCCACACGGGUGAGAAGCCUUACAGAUGUCAGGAGUGUGGCAAAAACUUCCCGCUGAAGAGCAACUUGACCCGCCAUCAACGAGUUCAUGAUGGCAUAAGAUCCUUCCGAUGCGAGUAUUGUGGCACUACCUAUAGCACCAAAGCUCACCUGGUAUGGCAUCUGAACACCCAUACAGGUGAGAAGCCUUACAAAUGUACUGAAUGCUGGAAGUGUUUUGGGGAGAUCUCUUCACUGGUGGAGCAUCUUCUUUCCCACCAGGGUGAUGGUAGCAAGGGGCAAAAUGGAACUGCCUCUGCAGGACAUUCAAAUAGUGGGAAUCUUUAUCACUGUGACGAUUGCGGCAAGGACUUCUGCUGGAGCACCACAUUAGCAGAACACCGUCGUAUUCACACUGGCGAGCAUCCUUUUGCCUGCAGGGAGUGUGGCAAGCACUUCAUGCGACGAGUUCUCUAUAAUGAACAUGUCCACACUCACUCUGAAGAGGGCCCACCCAACCGGUGUAUAGCCUGCGGCAAAUCUUUCACUAAGCGCUAUUCCCUUCUCCAACAUCAGAGGUCGCACACAGGAGAAAAGCCGUACCAGUGCCCAGAUUGUCCAAAAAGCUUCAUUGCCAGGUCUGCCUUGACGCAGCACCAGCGGAUACACACUGGUGAGACACCCUACACAUGUCCAGACUGUGGGCGCAGUUUUAGCCAGAAAUCAGUGCUUACAACUCACCGGAGACUUCAUACGGGUGAGAGGCCAUACAAAUGCCAGGAGUGUGGGAAAGGGUUUAGUCAAAGCUCAGCAUUGACUCAACAUCUCCGGACUCACACUGGGAAAUCCCCAUAUGGCUGCCGAGAGUGUGGGAAAAGCUUUAGUGGUAUGUCAGCCCUCAAGCGCCACCACCUCACCCAUACCGGGGAACGCCCCUUCCGCUGUGGUGAAUGUGGCAAAGGGUUCAAGCAGAGCUCUACGCUGGUCCAGCAUCAGAGGAUUCACACUCGUGAGAAGCCUUAUGCGUGUCUCCAGUGCAACAAGAACUACAGCCAACGAGCUGCUCUUGCAAAGCACUUGAGGACUCACACCAGGGGCACCUCACUUUCUGGCACAGGCAGUGAGCCAAUAGACACCAGGGUUUACAAAAACACUUUUGUCCAACCCCAAGAAGAGGAGGAUAAUACAGAGAAUGACAUGAAGGAAGAAACAGAUGAGGUUGUGGUACUCCCUCCAGGGACUUGGGAUGCCAAGGUAAAAGAAGAGCCAGAGCUUCAGUGGGAGAAUGAUAUACCACCUACAGAGAUGGAGUCACUCUUGUGGAUGAAAAUGGAGGAGUCAGAUGAGGGGGAAGUGAGAGAAGAACCAUUGCCUAUUUCUGUAUGGAUCAAAGAGGAGCCAGAUGACAUCUUCUUUCUGUAUUACAUGAUGGAGGGACAACAUAUAAUGGCUCAGGUGCAUAUACAGACCCCAAUCUCUUCCUCGUCGUCAUCGUCGUCUGUGGCUGGGGAAGAAUCCAGGAGGAUGCUGAAUCCAGCACGAGUGGCAGCCCGGGAGAGAAUGGUGGGAGGCCGUUUGUUGGACAGUCAUAGCUUGGAUGGGAUAAGCCAAGUGUAUGGAGCAGCCAAAGUUCAGGAAGGUAGGAGGGCCACCAUAUCCAGUGCCCUGGAGCUAGAAGGGACAGUGAGCCAUGAUGGGGACCUGACUCAUUUUGUGGCCAAUAACCUGCAAAUGAAGAUCAAGAUGAGCUCCCGGGGCAGUCUGGAUGACACAGAACCCCCCUCCUUGUCAGUGUCAUCACAACUGCCUGUUAGGGGCAAAACUGCAGACAUACCUCCAAUUGACCCACAGGUGAUUAGCGAUCUGGAAAGGGUCACUAGGGAUGUGGCGCAGAAAGUGGACCAGAUGUUAAGAGCUUUGAACAGCGCUAUCCAGAACAUGACAGCCCUCAGCGUGGGGUACAUCCAGACUUACCGGGAUGCUGUGGACAGCUUGGGUGAAUCAGUGGACAUGAGCAUCAAAGGAAUGUAUACUCUGAUGGCAAGGUGUGAGGAGUUGGACCGCUCCAUGCAACCUGUCCAUACCCUUGCUAAACAGAUUCGGGAGAUCAAGAGGACCCUGGAGAUCUUUGAGGCACUUUGCAAGAUCAUUUCCAUUGAAGCAGGAAAGACAGAAUUCCCCACUGGUAACGCUGCUGUGACUUCCUUUAUGGAAAGUGAGAAAGAAGCAUGUGUCUUGGAUCUCCAAGAUUCCAGUGAUGGAGAGUCAUUAGGAGAGGGCGUUGAGAUAAUAGAUGAAAAUAAGGAAGAAGGUGCAGAACCACGGAGCAUACAGAAAGAAGACAAGGGAAUUCACAGAGAGGCAAAGAGGCAGCAAGAAAUCUCUCAAGAGAAGGGAAUUGUUGCAGAAAGUCAUCCAAUGGAGACUACUCAACAUGAGGCCAAUAAUGGUGAAUCUGUAGUUUCUGUGGAACUGGAAUCUACAGACAAUCUUUCUGAUAAUGACAAGGUGCCCAAGGCCACCAUCUGCCCGGACUGUGGGAAAAGCUUUAGUAACAGCUCCCACCUAGUCCGGCACCGUCGUGUACAUACAGGAGAGAAACCCUACAAAUGCCCCCACUGUGACAAGAGCUACCGCCAAGACUCCCACCUUGUUCAGCACAUGCGCUCACACACAGGUGAGAAACCAUACCGCUGCACACACUGUGGCAAGGGCUUCUCACAGAGCUCCAACCUUAUAAUUCACCAGCGGACACACACAGGCGAACGCCCCUUCACCUGUCCCGAGUGUGGACGAAGCUUCAGCCAUAGCUCUGACCUCAUCCAGCACAAGCGAAUCCACACAGGCGAGAAGCCCUAUGUCUGCUCCAUCUGUGGGAAAUGCUUUUCACAGAGCUCCAAGGUCACCCAACAUAAGCGCUUCCACUCUGGGGAACGACCAUUUUCCUGUGGGGAGUGCACCAAGACAUUUCGUCUCCGUGCUGACCUGGUCCGCCACCUUCGUGCCCACACUGGUGAGCGGCCCUUUGGUUGCCCAGAGUGUGGGAAGCACUUUGCUGAGAGCUCCCAUCUUAUCCGACACCAAAGGAUCCACAUGAGUGAGCGGCCCUUCCGCUGUCCAGACUGUGGGAAAGGGUUCAACCAGAGCUCCAAUCUCCAGCAGCACCAGCGGGUGCACCGAGGCCAGAAACCCUUCAAAUGUGACGAGUGUGGGAAAGGUUUUGGUGUAAGCUCAGCACUCUUGCAACACCAGCGCACACACACGGGUGAACGGCCCUACUGCUGCAGUCAGUGUGGGAAGAGCUUCAGUGUCAGCUCCACCUAUCACAUACACCAGCGUAUCCACGCUGGCCAAAAGCCCUACUCUUGUGCCGAUUGUGGGAAAGGGUUUGUGCGCAGUUCUGCUCUCCUCCAGCACCAGGCCACCCACACUGGCGAAAAGCCCUUCCGAUGCCCUUACUGUGGAAGGGGCUUUGGACAGAAGUCAGCACUCUCCCAGCAUCGGCGAGCCCAUGUACGCAGAGGAGAGACCUUGGCUUUGGUGGAAGGGUGGGACACUGCAGAGAUGGAAGGUGUUGGAGACCAGGAGGUAGAAGGAGGAGUGGACAGCCUAUGGCAAGGCAACGGAAUUGGGAUCAUGGAGCAGGAGUGGCAAAGUGAAGGGGAUGAGGGCAUGAGACGGGAGUGGGAGGAUGACGGGGAUGAGACUAUGAGGGCAGAGUGGCAGGAUGACACAGAUGAGAGUGUGGCACAGCGAUUGCAGGAGGACGGCAGAGAGAGUAUGCGGCACAAGUGGAAGGGUGGUGUGGAUGAAACCGUGAGGACUGUGUGGCAAGAUGACGAGGAUGAGGACGAGGGAGUGGAGCAGGCCUCGCAGGAUGAUUGUACCGAGAGCAUGAGGCUAGAAUGCCAGGAUGACCCUGAUGAAGAGGAGGAGAGGGUGGAGGUGGGCUUGCUGGAGGAUGGGGACGAGAGCAUGAGGCUAGAGCGUCAGGAUGAAAGCGAGGAGGAUUUCCAAGAUAAUGAUCAAAGCAUGAGGGGAAAGUGUCGGGAUGAGAGUGUGGAACGAGAUUGGCAGGAUGACAGGGUGGAUGAGUGGGAGAAUGCAGCAGAUGAGAAUUUCAGGCCAAAGAACACAAGCGUGGGACAGGAGUGGCGGGACAGCGAGGAUGACAGCGAGAGACAAAGUUGGCUGGGAGAAGGGGAGGACAGCUUGGAGGGAGAGGGGGGAAAAGAGUGGGAGACAGGGUUGCCAGGAUGAAGAUGAGAUUGUGGAAUUAAAAUGAUUGGCUGGAGUGUAGCAGAUGAAAGAAUGGGUUUGGGAUGCCUAGGGAACUCAUACUAUAGCCAGACCUAAGGAAGCCAUCUAGAUAUAGUGGACAGAAAUGGCAGGACAGUCCAUUGAUGCAAAGUGGCCUUUUUCUCCUGCAGCAAAUAUAGCCAUGUUUGGGUCUGUGGGAGAUUUUGUCCAGACUGCUCUCCACUUGAAAGUGUUCUUUGCUCCAAGUACUUGCAUGCCUGUACUAGAUGUCACCAAGUGGCUGCCUCAUGGUCAACCUGUAUGAUGAUCCAGCUUCCUGUGUUGUCCCAAGUCUUGUGCCAUUUGCUGAUCAAAUUAAUUCCAAAUCGGGUGAUUUUAUUCAAUCAGUUUUUAAGUCUUACCCUUAAGUACAUGGUGUGCCAUGCUCCCCAACCCAAACUAUGUUAUAUUAAAAACCUAUACAGCUCCUCCCUUAGGUAGGUGCCUUUUCAUAAAUAGGUGGGUGCCUUUACUGCUCUAAGCAAUUCUUGUUACAGUCCUUGAAUUGAUUUGCUAGGAAGGACACCUCAACUGAGUCUGGAAAUUUUGAAAUCAUUGGCUAAAAAAGGUGCUGUGUGAGCAAAAAACAUUUGUUGUUUUAUUUUCACUGUUAUUACUUAGGAGCCCAGACUCUCAGGACAUAUGUAAGACUCCAGUAUUUAACUAGAACAGCUUUUUAAACUCUUACUGCAUGCUCCAGACCCUUGCCCAGCCCUAACUGUAGUUUUUUUUGUAACAUUCUUAUUUCUUGCUCUUAUCCAUGUUUCCAUCUUAAGAACUAAUAAAUGCUCUUUUUGAAUCCA